CUCCAACCAAAACAUGUCUGGAACACUGACAUUGUCGCCCACGGCUUCGCCCUUUCCAUGGGCCGCCGCCGCCGUCGCGACGUUUACUGGGAAGGCCGCCCUCAACUUCGACCCUGCAGCGGCAGGCGUGACACUCGAGCUCGGCGGAUCGAGACUCACCGCCGAGGACGAGAUCGUUCAGACAAUAGCCAAGGCUGGCGGACUAUCAAGUGAUAGUGCAAAGAGCGCUGCGUACUUCGCCCUCGCGAAAUCAUUGCCCACUGUCACAGCCUUUCCAGAAAUCACGGCCGCGCUCGAUUUUUUCGAUGAUCACCUUGCAUACAGGGCCUUCCUUGUUGGCCACGAUAUCACUGCGGCCGACUUCAUCGUCUGGGGCGCGUUGAAAGGCAGUGUGAAGAUCAUCGGAUUACUCAAGAACAACAAACACCCUCACUUGAACCGGUGGUUCGUACACAUCGAGUCCUUGGAGUCCACGCAACUGGCCAUCGCAAGCCUGAACGAGGUCAAGUCUGCCAAGGCGCGUUCCAAUAAGACGGCGGCGUCCUUUGCUCUCGGUCUGCAAGAUGCCAAGGAGGGUGACGUUGUCACGCGUUUCCCUCCGGAGCCCAGCGGGUACCUCCACAUUGGUCACGCGAAGGCGGCGAUGCUUAAUCAGUACUUCGCAAAAAUGUACAAGGGAAAGAUGAUAAUCCGCUUCGACGACACGAAUCCCAGCAAAGAGAGGACUGAAUUCGAAGACACCAUCCUCGAGGAUCUCGCGCUCCUCGAUAUUCACGGCGACAAAGUCACGCAUACAUCCGACUACUUCGAUCAGCUAUACGAGUAUGCCCUUCAGAUAAUCAAGAGCGGCAAGGCGUACGCAGAUGAUACCGAACAGGAGCAGAUGCGCAAGGAGCGUAUGGAAGGCAUCGCCUCUAAGCACCGUGACGACUCCGUUGAGGAUAACCUGAAGCACUUCGAGGAGAUGACAAAGGGAACGCCGGAGGGUGUUCGCUGGUGUCUGCGUGCCAAGUUGAGCGUCGACAACCCGAACAAAGCGCUCCGCGAUCCUGUCAUCUACCGCACCAACCUCCUGCCCCAUCACCGCACUGGCGACAAGUGGAAGGUAUACCCCACUUACGACUUCGCAUGCCCCAUCGUGGACUCGAUCGAGGGCGUUACCCACGCUCUCCGUACGAACGAGUACCGCGAUCGAAAUCCCCAAUACCAAUGGAUGAUCGAAGCCCUUGGCCUCCGCAAGGUCAACAUCUGGGACUUUAGCCGACUGAACUUCAUCUACACACUCUUGUCCAAACGGAAACUCCAUUGGUUCGUGGACAGCGGCAUCGUCCGCGGAUGGGACGACCCCCGUUUCCCCACCGUGCGCGGCAUUCGUCGUCGUGGGCUCACAGUGGAGGCCCUUCGUCAGUUCAUGCUUGCCCAGGGUCCUUCACAGGCGAUCGUCUCGCUUGAGUGGGACUCGCUGUGGACGCUGAACAAAAAGGUCAUUGACCCUAUCGCUCCUCGCUUCUGGGCGCUCUCAAAGGCCAACCUCGUUCCGGUCACGGUCAAGGGUGCCCCCACUGAGAUCGAGGUCAAGACGCUGCCCAAACACAAGAAAAAUCCCGAAGUCGGCGAGAAGAAGACUGUCUACUCGUCCAAGAUCUUCGUCGAACAGGAGGACGCGGUUUCGUUCGACGACCAAGAGGAGAUCACCCUCAUGGAUUGGGGCAACGCCAUCGUCCGCUCCAAGACAAGUAACGAGUCGGGCAUUAUCACCGCUAUCGAGGUGGAGCUUCACCUCGAGGGCGAUUUCCGCAAGACCAAGAAGAAGAUUACCUGGCUCGCACAGCCCGACGACGCGCACCCCCUCGUGGACGUGACGCUUCUCGACCACGACUAUCUGAUCACUAAGAAGAAGCUCGAGGAGAACGACGACGUGAAGGAUUUCGUCACGCCUGUCUCCGAGUUCCGCGAUGAGGCGUUCGCAGACGCAAACGUCAAAGAGCUCAAGAAGGGCGACAUCAUCCAGUUCGAGCGCAAGGGGUACUACAUCUUCGAUGGGGUCGUCGACAGCCGCUUCGAGUUCAUUCAUAUUCCUGACGGGCGUGCGGCGAGCAUCGCGAGCAAGGCGGUCGCGCAGACUGGUACGGCUACUCCUGUUGAGGGCGGGAAGAAGGAUGCUAAAGCUGCACCGCCAAAGAAGGGAACAAGUAGCGACACGCCAGUGGAGACGAAGAUGUACAAGGUCAAGAAGGUGUAUGGGGAGGAUGACGUGAUCCCCAGUGUGGAGACGAAGAUGUACAGGGUGAAGAACGUAUACGACGCAUAGAAAGGAGUCUUAGCAAGCGAGAAGUAAUUCGUCGAUGUAUCAUAUCGCAUUUUGUAUCACUUGCUGCGAUCUAGGGCUCUCGGCGUGAAACACUAUAUCACAUAGCGCGGACUUGAUGGCGGCCACUAUACUAGUAGUCCGCAACUUUUUACAGACCACGUGCCGCAUAGUUGUUACCGUCGACAGGACAUACGCCAUGUCCUGAUUCAG